AGAAUGGGGCUCAACUUGACACUUGCAAAAUUACCAGAUGAUGAGCCGCAUGGCCCAGGGAAUCACACCCCAAGUAACACGAGCGACAGACUCGGAAAGAACGCCACCGUUCACAACGAAUUCGACACUAUCGUCUUGCCUGGGCUUUACCUCGUUAUAUUCGUGGCAAGCAUCUUGCUGAAUGGUCUAGCAGUAUGGAUCUUCUUUCACAUUAGGAAUAAAACCAGCUUCAUAUUUUAUCUCAAAAACAUAGUGGUGGCCGACCUCAUGAUGACGCUGACAUUUCCGUUUCGCAUCGUCCAUGACGCGGGACUGGGACCGUGGUACUUCAGGUUCAUCCUUUGCAGGUACUCCUCGGUUCUAUUUUACGCCAACAUGUAUACUUCCAUCGUGUUUCUGGGGCUGAUCAGCAUCGAUCGCUACCUGAAGGUGGUAAAGCCGUUUGGCGACUCUCGCAUGUACAGCGUAACCUUCACAAAGGUUCUGUCUGUCUGUGUCUGGGUGCUCAUGGCUGUCCUGUCCUUGCCAAACAUCAUUCUGACCAACGUCCAGCCAACCAGGGAAAACAUUCAUGAGUGCACACAACUCAAGAGCCCUUUGGGAGUGAGAUGGCAUCACGCCAUCACUUACGUCAACAGCUGCUUGUUCGUGGCCGUGCUGGUGAUACUGAUCGGGUGCUACAUAGCCAUUUCCAGGUAUAUCCACAAAUCCAGCAGGCAAUUCAUAAGCCAGUCAAGCCGGAAGCGAAAGCACAACCAGAGCAUCCGAGUGGUCGUGGCUGUGUUCUUCACCUGCUUUCUACCCUAUCACUUGUGCAGGAUUCCCUUCACCUUCAGUCACUUGGACAGACUUUUAGAUGAGUCGGCACACAAGAUCCUGUAUUACUGCAAAGAAAUGACGCUUUUCUUGUCUGCGUGCAACGUGUGCCUGGACCCCAUCAUCUACUUUUUCAUGUGUCGCUCAUUUUCAAGAAGGCUAUUCAAAAAAUCAAACAUCAGAACAAGGAGUGAAAGCAUCCGAUCACUACAGAGUGUCAGAAGAUCCGAGGUCCGCAUAUACUACGAUUAUACUGACGUGUAGGAAUUCAAGGUCACGAAGCCCACUCCUGUUUGCCAGUAUGUACAAAGUGUAAAUAAACGUGUAUUUUCACUAUCCUUGCUUGAGCCCAUCAAAAUGUGGAUGAAAAGAGAACUGAAAUAUUAUGAAUUUGGGGUAUAAUUUGGAAACUGAGGAAAACAUUAAGGCAUAAUGAAGAAAGUGAAAUUGGCGAGAUGGCAUAUGGCUGAGCAGCGGGGAUCAUGACUCAAAGUUUAAGGAGCAGAUUUCAGGGGCAGCCAAAGCCACAGCUAUGCCAGCACACUGCAGUCAUCUUCCAGAAAGUGCGGAUGCUCUGAAGCCACUUUUGAGAGGACAGGAAGUAGAGAGAACUCUGUUUGACCUUGAUCCUUAAGACUUGGGAAAGAAAAUGCUGUUUUCAACACAGCUCAUUUGUUGCAGAUGUAACUCAGUAAACAUGGAUUGCUAGGUUUCUCUGUCGUCGUAUCUCUGACCUGUCCACAACGUUAGCCACAGUCCCUUGUCUGUG